UUUUCAAAGCGACGCAGCAUCCAUGGACAAUUACACUUCUAUUAUUUUAUCUGAAAAGAUGUUAUAACAAAACAUCUAGACUUAACAGAAAGUAUGUGUUUAUUACCUACGGCGCUAUUUCGAAUACAUUAUCGGACCGCUUCUUAUAGGAAACUGCACUGGUGAAGAUACGCUUUGUUUGUGUGCGUUUCUAGCGAACUCCAAGAGAAGAUGACAACCUUAACAAGACAAGAUCUCAAUUUUGGAAAAGUUGUUGCUGAUAUCUUGUGCGAGUUCCUGGAGGUCGCCAUUCACCUUAUCCUUUACGUCAGGGAAGUGUAUCCAUCUGGGAUCUUUCAGAAGAGACGGAAAUAUAAUGUUCCUGUCCAGAUGUCCUGCCAUCCAGACCUGAAUCAGUAUAUUCAAGAUACUUUAUACUGUAUAAAGCCUCUUAUUGAGAAGAAUGAAGCUGAGAAGGUGGUUGUGGUUAUAAUGGAUAAAGGGCACCAUCCAGUGGAGAGAUUUGUGUUUGAGAUUUCCCAGCCAACGUUGCUUUCAAUUAGUUCUGAGACACUACUGUCACACGUGGAGCAGUUGCUGAGAGCUUUUAUCCUGAAGAUCAGUGUGUGUGAUGCAGUUUUAAAUACUAACCCACCAGAUUGCUCUUUUUCUGUGCUUGUUCACACGAGAGAAUCUGCCACACGUAACAUGGAAAAGGUUCAGGUUAUAAAGGAUUUCCCAUGGAUUGUUGCUGACGAGCAGGAAAUCCACAUGCAGGAACCAAGACUGAUUCCCCUGAAGACAAUGACCUCUGAUAUUGUGAAGAUGCAGUUGUAUGUGGAAGAAAAGGCCCAGAAGAUUUAAACUGAACCUUAUUUCACACACACACAAAAAAACUACAACAACAAAAAAACUAAAAAAAAUGGCUGUUGGAGGUGAUAACUGAGAAGUAUGCUGACUUUUUUCUGUAAACUAUUCAAAUAACUACAGCCCUCCUUUGUAAAUACUGUGUGAACCAACAAGAUUGUGAAUGCUUGUUCUUAUUGUUUCAAACUAUAUACUGUAAAUACAAAAUGCAUCAGCAGGAUUUGAA